AUGCACCACCCUAAAGAAGCCUUCCCUGAGUCAGGGUUGCGGUGGGCUUUGGCAGGUGCUCCCUUCCAUUUCCAACAACAUGCUACCGAUUGGCCCCUGCCUGAUGUGAUCUGGCGCAACCCUGAUCCCACCCGGAGACAAUGCUCCCAGGCGCCAAGGGCACAGGCCGACCUCCAUACGCACUGGCCAGAGAAUGCUGCCCACCAAAGCUCAUGGGGGCUCUCUGAGGAUGUCAGCUGCCUGAACAAAUGGAGCUCCUCUGGCCGCAGCGUGUCCUGCACAUGGUGGCCGCACAACCAGAGCUUGGGGCAGGGACCCUUCUACCUCCAAUUCUCAGACCCCUCAGGCCUCAGCAGCAGCCUCAUCUGUUGUCUCUCGCCUUCCCCGAAGGCUGGGGGCCUCUAUAGCUGCAUUGCAGAGGGAGAUGGGGAGUUCACAGAGAACGAUGAAUACAGAGUCACUCUGCAUGCCAAUUCCUCCUCCUCCUCCUCCUCCUCGGGCAAGAAUGUGACCGUCUUUGAGUUGUAUAAGCCCAGGCUGCACAUCCAAUUUGAUGUACCCAUCGGCCUGCAAAGCCACGUCAAUGCCACCAAGUGUCGGAUCCAGUGGGAAAAAGCAGAAGACGACGACGGCUUUAUUGUGGAAUGGCAAUGGCAACUGGAGUUCAAGCAUGACAAAGAGCCCUGGGAGCAAGCAACACAGAAGAACUUUGCCACCCAAGAAUCAUGGGUUGACAUAGACAGCUCAGAGCUCAAGUGCGGAGAAAAAGUAGUCCGGAUCCGUCGCAAAGUCCCAGAUGAGGACCUGCAUUACAGAGGCCCCUGGAGCCCCUGGAGCACCUCCAUGCACUGUGCAGCCCUCCCAGACUGUGGGCAGCAGCAGUCAGACCCCCGCUUUCUGUGGACAUGGCCGGCCUCCCUCCCGCUCGGCCUGGGGACCCUGCUGUUCCUGCUCCUGUCUUUCAGGUUCCUCUGGAGGCUGAAGGACAGAGUGAGGACCCACACCCCAACACCUGCCACUUUCUUCCAGCCCCUCUAUGCCUCUCACAAUGGGGAUUUCAAGGGCUGGGCUGGCCUCAAAGGGAGAGCAGUCUGCCUCAGCAACACAGAAGAGGAUAGCCUUCGCGGUAGCGGCAACAGCAGCCAUCGGGGCAAAGGGCAAGUCAUGGAAGGGCCCUGCUCCCAGAUCUCCUCCCUUGCUCUACUCUUCAAGGCCCCCCAGGAUGAAGGCUGCCCCUCGAACAGAGGGGACUCCAUUGGCAUCCAUUCUGGGGGGUCAAGAAUGGCAAACCUGCAGGAGAAGUGCACAGAGCCCCUGUCACUCCUCCUCCCUCCCCUUUCUGGGGCUCCUGGGGCCCUGGCCAAAGCAGAGGGAAAGGGGGCUCCUUCAAGCAGCCCCUCUUUCCAAGAGCUGGGGCUCAGCCGGGAGACAGAAAACCUCUUUUCCUGCAGCAAUGAUUACUAUUGCAUUUGGGAAGGAGGCAGCGGCAGUGGGAAUGGCCCAGGGGCUGAAGGCUGCUUUCGGUUGGGAACGGCUCCUGGCCAAGGCUGACCCGAAGCAUCUAGUUCAUGCUCUCCCCGCCCCAUGGGCAAGAUAAGAAGCAGCCCAGUUGGUGAAAAAGAACAGCCUGUCUCCAAGUUUGUGUGUCAAGUGGCUUUUGCCCCAUGCUCUCCUGGGCACUCCCGGAGGCUCUGCCUCCUUCUGCUGUGUCCCAUUUGCAGAGUUGCAAUAAAAGCAAUGUUACAGUGAUAA